CAGGCGUAAUAACUACCAUACCAUACCAUACCCGCCCCAGUCUGGAGUUUCUUUUUUUUUUUUUUUUCCCUUUCCCAGCGCCAAUUCCAAUUCCAACUCCAACUUCGACGUCAACUCCCGCUCCCACGCCAACUCCGACUUUCUUCUCCAUCCAUCGUCUCUCUACCGGCUACUCUAAGAGCUUCCAAGACAUUUGGGAUUCUUCUUUUUCCCUCCACCCGACCUGCCAACCUCUCCUUGUCGUGCCGUGCCACGGCCUAGACCCCCUUCUCCUAAUCGGGAUCCUGCAUCUCUAGGCCCUUUUCUUUUGUCCCUGCGAAAUCCCCCAUCGUUUUGCUCUCCCUCCCCUCCCUUGGAAAAAGAACACUCCCCGUGUCGUGUCAUUGCCGAUCAGCUUGCCGGAUACCCGUUUUAUCUCUUAUCUCCAUGGUUGCGAUCUUCGUCUGGCUAGGAAUCGCUGUUAGACCCUGAUUGUUGACGAGAGUCAAACUUACUCCUCCCUCUGGUCGAUAUACCCUUUUGAUACCCUUUUGAUACCCUUUUGAGCCUCUGAGAACCGCAACUCACCCGCCCAAGUUUCACCUAACUCUUGUCUCUCUCUUCUCGCCCGCCAUGGCGUCCUCUUUGGGGUCGGCUUUUCGCUCCUUCUGGCAUACAAUGACCUCCAAUGACAGACACGCCUCCCACGAUUCUCCCUAUCGAACCGGCCAACACGUUCCUCUUAGCCAAAACCGCAAUGCUCCCCUCACCUCCAUAGCUACAAGCGCUCUCGAAUCUCGUCCGGAUCUGACCUUCUUCGAAGACGAUCCCGCUAAGCGGUCCUCCAGCCCAGGAUGGUCAGGUUCACAAGGAGGAGUUACCUCUCCCGUUAGACCGUACUCGCCAGGCAUGAGGUCGUUAUCCUCCCAACACAGAAGGUCAAACGAACUCAAUAGCCCAGAUGGUGUUGCUACAGAAAUACAAAUGCAAAGUUUCCAUGACGGCGCCCCGCCCCCUCCGCCUGUUUCGCAUUCUUGGAGAAAGAUCGAUCGAUGGGCGGAAACACACUACGAAGAACUUUACGAUCAAUUGGGUGAAGGGUGUACGCAGAAUGAUGUAAAUGAACUGGAACAUGAAUUGGACUGCACUCUGCCACUCGAGGUUCGGGAAUCUCUACAAAUUCACGACGGACAAGAACGUGGCGGAAGGCCAACGGGUAUCAUUUUCGGCUGCAUGUUACUCGACUGCGAGGAAAUCGUUCAGGAAUGGAGAAAUUGGAGGACCGUGAAUGAAGAAUUUCUCAGUACCUCGUCUUUCCCCCCUCUCCAGCAACCCACGAAAGCUUUUGGCGGAAGCUCCGCCCCUUCCUCCUCAUCAGCACCUCCGCCACCACCGGCGCAAACGGGCCCCAACCCGUUAUGGAGACAGGAAUUGCUGGACAAACAGGACUCACAGCCACCAAAGGCCAUACAGAAAGCAUAUGCCCAUCCCAGCUGGAUCCCUCUGGCUCGUGACUGGGGUGGAAACAACAUUGCCGUCGACUUAGCCCCAGGGCCUGCGGGCAAAUGGGGCCAGGUUAUUAUCUUUGGCCGUGACUAUGACUGCAAAUACGUGGUUGCAAGAUCAUGGGCUGGAUUUCUGGCCAUUGUUGCUGACGAUCUAUGUUCCCCAAAAUCCUUCGUGGACGACGACUCUGGCGAGCUCAAGCUGAAACAAUUUAAGCAACCGGGUGUUGAACCCCCUUACCUCGAAAUUCUACGAUGGCGCACAGAUCAAAAGUACGGCCGGAGACCUCCGCGGAGAAAGACCCCGAACGGGCUCGGGGUGAAUACCGGUGUGAAUGGAAACAGAGAUUCUCCUUACGGAAGCCCAACAGCAGCUGCCAGCGGCGACGAACGCGGACGUUCUCCCCAUCGAUUCCCCUCCCGAGGACCAAACGCAAGUCCGAAAACCGCAUUUGGGGUCUCGAGCCCUCUUGCCCGAGUCACGGAAGAAACGACCUCGCCAGUGAACCCGGGUGGCAGUAAUAAGAACCACAACAACAACAAAAUCGAUGGUUCCGCCUCGGUGAAUGCAGAUGCGGCCAAGAAGGCGGAUAGUCUUGUCGAUGCGGCCUCUUUUACUACAACAACAACGACAGCAGCAACAUCGAUGACAGACACGUCGAAGAGCGACCUUAUCCCCACCGAACCCGCAGAUACUGACCCUUCUCCUGCUCCAUCGAAAGAGAAAGAGAAGGAAAAGAGCAAGCGCCGAAGUAACCUGACGAGCCCGGACGCUAAUGCUUUGGAAGGGAUGAAGAGUAUUGCCAUCUAAUAAAAAACGAACGCCACAGCAAUUAUAGGUCGCCGGUAGUUUUUCUUUUUUCCCCCAAGUUUUUUUCUCCAUGUUGAUAUCCUUAUAUGUUCAUCUGCUUCGUUGCCCUCCAACCCUCACCGUCAACUCACAUUAGAUAAUAAAAGUGAUCGAGAGGCGGGGAGGGGGGAGUUACUUUUUUGAUGUUUUGCUUCCUUGACAGGUUGCCGGUUAGUUGGCGGUUGUUGUCGUGUCUAUAUCAUUUCUGUUGAACGGGGCCAGACUGUAACCAUUGUUUGCAUUUCUUUAGGGACCACCUCUUUAACUACUAAUCAUGCAUUGCCGCGCCCCUGUAUGGUUUCAUUUUUUUUUUUUUUUCACUUUUUUCUUACCUUUCUGUGUGGCCGCUGGCUACUACUUGUUCCUUAUUAUUCAUGUUUCCCCUUUUCGUUUCCAUCUUGCUUUGCUCCGCUUUGCGUUUCAUUUCUGCUCCUUUGCUUUAUGAUACGCGUGUUAAACCACUCAUCGCACAGCUCGAUUAACGAACGCCCUGUGUCCUAACCUGCAUGUAUACCUGUAUAGAACAAAACUUGCUCUUCUACCCUACCUGUUUUAUACUCAUAAAUUACUUCUUUUUACGUCCGUUGUUCCUUUUCUUAUCUUUUCUUCUACUUCUUCAACCGUCUUCUCCCCAUUCUCUUCUCCUCUCGUAUUCUUGUUAAACUAUAAUUCUCUUCUCCCCUCAGCAACCGUAUAUCCCCAAAGCUUCCACGUUCGCCACAAACCGACGCCUUUCCUGCAUAUUUUUUUUUUUCCCCUGUCUCGUUCCUCUACUUAACUUUCUUGCAAACUCUUUAUCCUCUUUCUUGUCUUCUCUUUUGUUUUUCAUAACUAGCUCCAAUUUAAUCAUUACGCAUUAUCGUGUAUUUGUCUCUUCUUCCAAUACAUACGCGCCCCCCGCUUCUUUUUCUCGAGACGGACUUACACCUCCCAUGACCCUAGACGGUAAUAGAGUGUACAUAAUACAUCGCUGCCAUUCCUCGCCCUGUCGUUUCUUAUUAUAUAAUAAUAUAUAUGAAUAAAACUGAAUAUUCAUUUUUUAUUUUUAUUUUUUAUUUUUUAUUUUUUAUUUUUUAUUUUUUUAUUUUUUUAUUUUUAUUUUGUUUUGUUUUUCGUCCCCUCUUGUCUCUUCUUUCAUUGUUUCCGUUCAAAGUUUUUCGUUUUACUGCCUUUCCUGUUAGUUAGUUACAUGUUACAGUUCUCUCUUCAUUCUCGUUUUCUUUCUUUCUUUUUCAUAUCGCGUUUUCUCCUGAAGUGUAUUAUAAUAAUAUAGACGCUCCGUACUGUUCUUCUUUUUUCACUAAAAGCUUUCCCCCCGCCUUUGGUUUCCCCUUUUUUGUUGGGGGGUGUUGUUCUAUUUGCCAUUCGCCCGAGGGGUGCAUGUACAUGUAUAUUCAAGCCAUAUACUUUAUGAGAGCUAUGGACUGCUACUGUUUUACUUGAGAGAUGGAAAUACAUAUUUUCUGAGGCAUAUAUAAUGGAGAUAUUAGUAAUAGUUUAUUAAACAGGGUUUUGCGUCCCACUCUAGCUUCAUCUAGACUUAACAGUUGAGAUGAAGGGUAGGUAGUAUAAAC